UAGCGUGCAUUUUUCACAUUCAUGCUUGUGUUUGUAUGACAGCUCCUUCCCCUUCCUUUCUAGGUAACGAGGAAGCUGGUGAAGAAGAGGAUAAGCAUAAGGGACAGCAAGAUGUAGAGAUGGAGAGUCAAACAGAGGAAAAUCCUACUAAUAUGGAUCCGGAGGAAAACCAAAAUGUGGAUGACCAAGUAAAGCACGAUGAAGACCAGAAUAUGUCCACCGACAGCAAAGAAGACGUCGAUAAAGACAAAGAAUCCAGCAAAGAUAACGAUGAGAACAAAGCAGAGCCAGAGCAACCUAAAGAAAAAAACAAUGAAGAACCACCAAAUGACACGAUGGAGACAGAUGAUACAUCAGAAACACUCCCCGGCACUGGCAACGAUGAUGAGAUGAAAACUGUUGAGAGCUCAGAAGAACCUCUUUUAAAUAAACCGGAAGACCCAAAGCCCAAAGAAACUAUUAAGAACAACGAAUGACCUGCUGAGAGGAGAACAAUCAACCUCAUCUGACAGCCAGAAAACUGUGCAAAGGCCAACCCCACUGGUGUCAGCCUGGCCCAUGUCAGAAUGGGCUCUGACAUUGGCCCAGGAAAACCAGUUACUUCCCAUGAUGCUCACAUUCCCUACUUUAAUUAGCUUCCCAUCUCCUCUUUCUUUCCUAAAGUAUGUAUGCACUGUAUGUAAAUGUAUGUACAAAACCUUGCUAUGGGACUUGAACAUAUCAACCAGAAAAGAUGAGCCAUACCUCACUGUGUGUUAGUCAUCCAUCAUUUUGCCAGCAGGGUGCGAAGAGACGAACCAGGUUCAAGUCUUCAUUUGCUAAAAGCCACUGUGAGAGCUCGGUCAAGCUGUCAGAGGACAGCAGACCCGCUCCUACUGUACAUGUUGACACCCCUGACUGGAUGAGGCUUGACAUCAACCUUUUUGUUCCUUUGAUUCCAACACGGCAAUAUACAGGUUAAUAUUCUGCAUUUAUGGGGCUUUUAGAGUGCACUACACUAACACCUGCUCUGUCUCAUCACAUGCUGGGGAAGCGCCAAGUCAAAUCAGCCAAUAGCUGUAAGGCAAUGUGCCAUUCCCAGUCAACUCAUCUCCUAACAUCCCAGAUCAGGAACACAAACCAGGAUGUGUGUGUCUCUUGACAAAUUGACAAGGUCUUUUUUUUUCUCUCUCUCUGCUUUCUUCACCUUUUCCAGUGCAUGCCAGAAAAUUGCUUUGAGUUUCUCAAACAUAAACAGGAACUAGUCCUCUUCGCUUUUGCGCGUCUUCUUUCCAGAUUGUUUAUUAUUGUAUGGAAGGAAUCUGCCUUAUUUCAUAUCAGAAAAAAAAAAGGUGUCAGACUUUAGGAACUGGGCCAAGUAUGAUUUAUUUCUCUUGUGUUUUGCUUGCAGAUGAUUUGUAUUUUUAAUUACAUCUCAUGAUGGCUAUUACCUGUUGUUAAUCAUUUAUUGUUUUGUUCUCUUGGGUUAAACUUAAAAUGGUUUUACUUUCUUUUAAUAGUUGGAUAAGGAUUGAUUAUUAUUUUUGGUGAUGCUAUACUAAAGAGGAGACGAAUUACAGCUCUAUGAAAUGAAAUGAUGCCUUCAUACUUUGAUGUUUGCUUUGCUAAACUAUAACAGAAACGACUAAUAAAGUUUAAACGCAAA